AUGGCCAAAGAUAAUCUCACUGCAGUUACUGAAUUCAUUCUCAUGGGCUUUACUGAUCACCGCAAAUUGCAGAUUCCUCUCUUUCUGAUGUUUCUGAGUUUCUAUCUAGUCACCCUUCUGGGAAAUGUGGGGAUGAUUAUUCUAAUCCAAGUAGAUAACCAACUCCACACCCCAAUGUACUUCUUCCUGAGCCACCUCUCCCUCCUGGAUGCCUGUUAUGCCUCAGUCAUCAACCCUCAGAUCCUGGCCACACUAGCCACAGGCAAGACAGUCAUCUCCUAUGGCUGCUGUGCUGCCCAGUUCUUUUUCUUCACCAUCUGUGCAGGCACAGAGUGUUACCUGCUGGCAGUGAUGGCCUAUGACCGCUAUGUCGCCAUUAGCAACCCACUGUGCUAUACUGUGGCCAUGAAUCCCAGAGUCUGCUGGAGCUUGGUGGCAGGUGCCUACAUCUGUGGGAUAUCAGGGGCCAUUCUGCGUACCACGUGCACCUUCACCCUCUCCUUCUGUGAUGAUAAUGAGAUCAACUUCUUCUUCUGUGACCUUCCACCCCUGCUGAAGCUCGCCUGCAGUGACACAACAAACACUGAGAUUGUCAUUGUCUUCUUUGGCAACUUUGUGAUUUUGGCCAAUGCCUUGGUCAUCCUGAUUUCCUACCUGCUCAUCAUCAAGGCCAUUUUGAAGGUGAAGUCUUCAGGUGGUAGGGCCAAGACUUUCUCCACAUGUGCCUCCCACCUCACUGCUGUGACCCUUUUCUUUGGGACCCUCAUCUUCAUGUAUCUACAGAGUGGCUCAGACAAAUCCCUGGAGGAAGACAAGAUCGUGUCUGUCUUCUACACAGUGGUCAUCCCCAUGCUGAACCCUUUGAUCUACAGCCUAAGAAACACGAAUGUGAAAGCUGCCUUCAAAAAGGUCACUGGUAGAUUCCAGGUGACUCAGAGCAUGUAG